AUGGCUGAAAUGCAAAACUUCACUUGGGCGGUGGAAGAUAUUUUCAAGGAAACGUUUCUCACUUACAUGAAUAGCUGGAGGAAAAACAUGACAGAAGCGGCAGAUAAGUUGCAAGCCAAAGUUGAUGCCGAAAACUUUGACUAUGUUAUCCUUUAUUUGAUGGUGAUGAUUGGGAUGUUCUCCUUCAUUAUUGUGGCGAUCUUGGUGAGCACUGUGAAAUCAAAGAGGCGAGAGCACUCCAAUGACCCCUAUCAUCAGUACAUCGUUGAGGACUGGGGCGAGAAGUACAAAAGCCAGGUUCUGAAUAGAGAAGACCUCAAGUGUGUGAUCCAUGAAAACUUGGGUGCAAGGGACAAAACAAGCCCUGGAUCACCUUAA